GCUAAAAUCUCUUCUUUCCUUAUUUAUUACUACUACUACUUACUAUUUAUGUUGGGUGCAAUUAAUGUCGCACCAUCAACCUGCAUUCGAAGCCUUAAAGUUGAUAUUUACCUCCCGCGUAAGCAAAUAACGUGACCUGUGCAAAGUGCAUCGAAAAGUCACCAAUGUUAGUUGUCAAGAUAAUCAAUAGCAAAAUAGUUUGCUGCUAGGAAUAGCAAGGAAGCAAGCAAACAGUGAAUUAUAGGCUUCUCAGUAGUUGUCUGUUCCAGUUUUCAAAGGCAUCAAUCCUUUUUCUUUUGAAGUGUAUUUUUUCUGCCGUGAUCUCUUUUGGAGCUAUCUCUGGCUACCUUCCCAGUACUAUUGUCCGUGGGCUGAUAGACAAAAGAGGGAAGAGCCCACUUUUUAGCCUCACCACGUUUACCUGUUCAGAAACUGAAAGAAGAACACUGAUUGAGAGGGAAAGAAAGCUUCAAUCUUUGCUUUACAUUCAUGAUCUUGGUUUUAUAUCGCGCUUACAUGAGGAUUCUCCAUCUGGGCGUUUGCAAAUAUGGCAACUUUGCACCAGUCCGGUGUUGAUUUGGAAUCUGGUCAUGGUGCUGGCGAUGAUGGCGGCUUUGAAGGUCGCAGCCGCCAUUCCCCUGUUGAGAAUGGAGGAGGUAGCAGUAGUUCUUUGUGCUUUUCUGAUGUGAAUGAUAAGUCAUCGAAUGAGGAGAAAAAGGUCUCUUCCAGUAUAUCUGGGACUGAGAUUGUUGGGGUGUUGGACAACAAACAUAAAAGGGGAGAAUCCUCCGUUUCAGAGUGUUCAGUCGUGGUGGAUCUGGAAGCUGGGGGUCAAGAGACCAAGGUACAUUUCCCCGGAAGUGAGAGGGAUUGCAGGAUUUGCCACCUCAGCUUAGAUGCUGCCAAUCGAGAAUCUGGGCUUCCUAUUGAUUUAGGUUGUUCUUGUAAGGAUGAUUUGGCUGCUGCUCACAAACAAUGUGCUGAGGCUUGGUUCAAGAUCAAGGGGAACAAAACCUGUGAGAUAUGUGGAUCAAUUGCACAAAAUGUUGCCGGUGCAAAUGAAGCAGAGUUGUUGGAGCAGUGGAAUGAACCAAGCGAGGCUCCCAGUGCAGCUGCAGCACCAGCACCUCCAUCAGAGUCUCGAAAUUUCUGGCAGGGUCAUCGAUUUCUGAAUUUCUUGCUGGCCUGUAUGGUUUUUGCAUUUGUCAUCUCCUGGCUGUUUCACUUCAAUGUGCCCUCAUGAACGAUGAGAGCGAGGCCAGGAUUGUGAAGCAGGGUACCCGAACUACUAUCGGAUCUAGUAGCAUCUGAACUUUACGCGCCUAAUAUCAUGGACGGAACGAAGUAAGCAUAUUCUUUGCUCCUGUUGUUUAUAAUAGCUAGUAAGAGAACUAGAGCAGAUUUUGUGUUUUAUCUUGUAGUAUGAUGCUUUUAUAUCUCGUCUUGAAGAAUAUAUUUUUUAGUUCCUAGUAAACUAUUCUGCUGCGGGCAUUUGAAUGUAUCGUGCCAUAGUCUGUUGACAUUUUCUCUUGGUUUUGAACAAAGAAGUUGUACACUUAAAUUACAUGUGGAAUUAAGUUCUCUGUGUUUAUCUUUACA